UUUGUUUUGACGGUCGACGGAGAAAUCGGCACAACGCAUUGCUUCGUGACGAAGCUUGCUCUCCCGCCCAGGCCCAGAAGAACUUCGCCGUCCGUCCUCCCAAGGAAUCCCAGGAAUCUCAGGAAGCAUCAUCUAGCGGACCAGCCGACCAGCUCAAUCACCCGCCAUGUCGUCCACGUCGGCUCUCAAGGUGUUCGUGUAUGCCCUGGACAUUGUUUGUGCGCUGCUGGCCCUGGUGCUGAUAUCUUUCGGCAUCUAUGUCGUGGUGUCCUAUGAUCUAAACGAAAUUGGAGGGCUGUCGGCCUACGCAUUCAUUUAUCUGGGAGCGGUCGCCCUGGUAAUCCUCCUAUGGGGAUAUCUGUCCGCUUGGAAGGAAAGUGUGUGCUGCACUGUCACGUUCGUGGUAUUCCUGUGGCUGAUUAUUGCCACCCAGUUCGCUGUGGUGUUUUUGCUUAUCCACAAUGAAAGCUCUGUAGCCUCCAAUCUGGCCAACCCGAUUGAGGCCACUUGGGAGGAGGAGCUCAACAGUCCCGGCGCCAUGUCCAUCUAUCAGAACUGGUUCCAGUGCUGCGGUCGUGGCAGUCCCCAGGAUUACAUUGUCAACGAGCGACUGCCCCCAGAGACCUGUUUCCGCAACCAUGACAAGAGCAAGGCUGAGAACCUCAUCCCCAACGGCUGCCGAAAGGAGUUCGAAAACUAUUGGCUGCAGCUACUGCAGAUUUUCAACAUUCUCGGCUGUGUGCUGAUUGGCAUCGAGCUCCUGAUCAGUGUCAUCUCGAUCCGGCUGUGCAACAGCAUUCGGAACGAUCAGCGGCGCUCGUACUUUUAAGACUAUCCCGAAAACUACGAAAUUAGCCAAUUGACCAAUUGGUUAUUAUUCUAAACGGAAUUUGUUAUUAGCAAGCGUUAAGUAAGACUUGAAAAACAGUUGUUGGAAAUUUAAAAUUGGAAACCGGGAGAUACGAGUAUUUAAAUAAGUACAAUACACACACACUCACAAAACACAGCUUAUAUAACUCACGAACUAAUUUCAAUGCAAAUUUUAGCUGUACAUCACACUCAAAUCUUAGGCUAAGAAAUGUGAAUUAAUUUUAAUAUUAUUUAUUUGAAUAUAUUGCUAAAUAAAACA